UUCUGAACUUCGCACCUCUGGGCAGGAGCGACGGAUCAGAGUGUUAUCCCAUCAACCCCAUCAAGCGUUCCAACGGGCAGGCACAGCAGCAGCACCAGGACACGCAAAGAUGGCGGAUAAAAAGUCGUUGUUUGCGGGUAGGACCGGUGACAAGACCGCCAAGCGCAGCAGUGCUCCUAAGAAACGGAGCGGGAACGUGAUGCCGGCUGCUUCAGGCUCUGGAGAAAAGAAGGCCCCGCCGUCAUUCGGAAGGAGCGGCUUUGGGAAGGGCGUGGCAGCCACCCAGCAGCGACGCGACGUGCAGGUCAAGGAGGCCGAAGAGUACCUCAAACAAGCGAACAAGAUGUUGACCAAGACAUUGACACGGUGGAAUCCCGACUUCUUCAGCGCCGCCCCUCUCUUCGAGAAGGCCGGAGCUUGCUACCGCGCCGCCGGCGAGGACGGGAAGGCAACGGCAAUGUUCAUGCAGGCGGGGGACUGCCAGUGCCACGACUCUGUCAUGGCUCAUGCGUCCGCAGCGAAAGACUUCAGGGAAGCUGCCCUUAUCACUGAGAGGCAGGGCAGGCGAGAAGAGGCGGCAGCGUUCUACAUGCGGUGCGCCGAAGCGUGGUUGAACGCGGACGAGCCGGGGAGGGCAGCGGAGUACUUCGGUCGGUCGGCGAAGCUGAUCAAGGAUUCCGACGAGGACGCCGCUGCCGAGCGAUACGUUACCGCCUCGAAGGUCAUGGUCCCCAAUGGGUCUGAUUCACGGAGCAACUUUACGAGAGUGGUGGGCGGUGUGGAAGUCCUGGUGCAGGCGAUAAUCUUCCUGGCAUCCACGAACCGCCUCGAGCAGAGCAUGGAGGUGGUGUCUCGUUACGUGACCAUCCUCGAGGCCGAGGGCAUGGAGCACUCGCUGGGCCGAAUGUACCUGACAUACUGCAUCCUGGCGUUGGCACUGGGAGACUACGUCAGGGCAGACAUGGCCUUCAGGAAUGUGCACCUGCAGAGCACAGCAUACCUUCGGUCGGAGGAGUGCCGCGUGGAGGAGGAACUGCUGAUAGCGUUCAAGGACAGCAGGCCGGACCUGCUGAUGGAGGCGCAGAACGACCGGACGCUGCACCGUCUGGAGACCGCGAUCGUGCGCAUCGCCAAGUCGCUCCGCGUGCCCGGCGACGAAGACGAUGAAGACGAAGAUAUCAUUCCCGCCCGAGAAGCGCCAUCCGGAACGAUCGCCGCCGCGCAAGCCCGCGCACAAGCCCUCAAGGAAAAAUACGGCGGCGGCGGUGCGACACCGGCGGCGGCAAGGACGGCUGCAUCGCCGUCAUUAGGUGGUGGUGGUGGUGGUGGUGGUGGUGGUGGUGGUAGCGGUGGAGCUUCUAGUGUCCCCCCCGUGCCCCCGCCCCGACCAGCCGUUACCUCCCCGUCUUCCGGUGCCCCCGCCCCCCCCAACGCUAAGGGUACUUCUGAGCAGGCUUUGCGGACAGAGAGCGACGGAGCAGGGAAGGCAUCGCCACAAGCUAGCGACGAAGACUCCGCCAGAGGCGCCCUUUUCGGUGGAGGAUCCCGAAAAGCGAAACCGUCGCCUCCUACCCCAAGUUCGGCGGCAGACACCGCGGCCGCGAGUUCACCGGUGGCGGCGGCGGCGGGAUCGGCGGGAUCGGCGUGGCCGUCCGGCGCGUCCGAAGCAUGUCCAAUCAUCCCAGAAACGUCUGCGGAUGGACCGUGCGACGCCGAGGUUGACCUCGGACUGGGUGAUCUAGAGGCCAGCCUAGGCAUGGGCUGGGAUGGUGGUGACGAUGACUUGGAAGCCAUGAUUGAGGCCGCCAGGAGAGAGGCGGAGGGGUUGGCCCUAGGUGGGGAGCGGGGGGGCGCCGCUCAAGCGAGCGACGAAGAGGAGGAGGAUGAUAUCGAUCUGACCUGAUGAAUUUCCUGUAGGAUUUUAAGUGUGAAUGGACGCACAGCCGGCGGCUUGAGAGACGACACUUGUUUCGCGCCGGGGAGGCCCCGCUCGUUCUGAGUGCCGAGCUCUCGCUGUCUCUCUCUCUCUCUCUUUUACGUACUACACUCUUUUGUUUUUUCACACGCGGUUGUUGUCUCAAGCCGGGCUUUGACGGCGGCGAGACCGUUCGUUUUCCCCUGGAUUUUUCCCUUGUGAUGAAGGAAAAGUCUUGUCCCGUGUUUUGGUAAGUGUUUGAUGUAUCCUAUAGGGUGCUUUUUUCUUUCUUCUACAGUUUUUUUUCCCGGUUAUCAUCUCGUUGUUUGCGUCUGUGAGGGCGUCGGGGUUUCUUUUAGAAAGUAAAAGAACUUCACAAAAAAACUACCCGUUCGAGAUACAACCUCAGUCGAAAGGGAUGUGGUGAAGUCUUUUCAGUAGAAGAUGGACAAAGCAGGCGUAAGGGAGGUCGACUGAGAUAGGGGGGGGUGGAGGGGGGCAUCGCGCAACAACACUCGCAGGCUUGUUUUGAAUUGCCGUGAAGUGGGUGGCCAUGAACAGGGCCGCCGUGCGUGGAAUGUAUGGUAUUGCCGCGUUUAGUUUCCAGGGGCUUGGGGGGUAGGUUGGGCAUGUUGUGUGGGGAGUGUGAGGUUGGUGUCGUUCGUUGAUCCUGCGAAAUCGUUAUUAUCCGCGUCGAGUUACAUGCGAAGUGCUAUUGAAUUUCCGUGCAUCCUGCCAUCUACUCUACGUUACUUGUAGCACACAUCCAAGUUUAGUCACAUUGCCUGUGUUCUUGUCUGUUUUGUGGUUCGCGAGUUUUCGUUCGGAGCCAGAAAGACCCAGAGUUUUGUAUUGUUGUAGUUUUGUAGUAGUAGUAGGACGUGCCCGGAGUAUGCAUGAAGGGGCGGGCUCGAGGGAGGCAACUCCCCCGUGUGUGCUACUCCACUCUCAAGUAGGCGCGGUACUUUUGAGGGGCUUUCUGUCGAAGUGCAGCGAGCGGGGAUCCGUUUGUCGUUUUUUUUUGCAAAUAUAUGUUCAUUUUGGACGUCAUGCAAAGCAUACACACACCAGAGUACAGUAGUUUUAGCGCUCUAACCCGAAAGCAUUGACGUGACACAUUGUUGUUUUUUUGCAGAUGGCCUCAAUGAAAGGACCACCACCACCGCAGGGAGUGUCGUUUUGUCCUCCGAGUUGUACGUCGCUGGCUGUUUGUCAUGGCCAAGUCAUGCCGAUUGCACGUACAUAAGCACGCCAAAGGAGAUUUUCCAAAAUUGGAAACGGCAAACACGUUGUUGGUUUUCAUGCAGAGGGCAGAAAUGAACUACUACCAAUAGCUGGGAGUACUGUACCCAUCUUGGAUCCUCCUGUUCGCCCUUAUUUUUGU